UUCUAUGAUGGAUGUGUUGUGUGCUGCAGAAUUCGAGUUUGCAAAACAGAAGCGACAAGAAGCGUCUUGUCUGUUGCCUAGAGCUGAUCUAGGCUAUCUGAUUUAAUAGAGGACUAACGUUCCGAUGUAGUGCUAGAUACAUUAAUUUAACUUAAGGGUCCUAUUAUUAAAAAGAUAGUCAGGAUGAAGUCUUCAGUAUAUUUAUGUGUAUUUCUCUUCGCUACUACAUCAGCACAAAUGGAUGAAAUGAAAGGGCCUAAAAUAGUAGUUGAACCAAGGGAUGAAAUUGUUGAUGCUGAAAAUGGAAUUUCUACAGCCACGUUUGGAUGUACUGCCGAAGGCGACGGAGAGCUAAUGUACCAAUGGCGGCGUAACAACACAGUCAUUACUAGUAGCUCCGAUGUAUUAAUCAGUGGCGGUCAACUGCGCAUUAUCAGCACAAAUCAAGCAAGAGACCAGGGCUUCUAUGAGUGUUGGGUAACCAAUGACGUUGGCACUGUUUUUAGUCGACCAGCAAGACUCUCAUUUACGUAUGUAGGGGCAUUUCAACCAAAUGCAAGACGUUCUGUGUCGGUACAGCAAUCUUCAAGUAUAGCUUUAAACUGUGAAGCACCUGAUAGUUAUCCAGGUCUGGAAUACAGUUGGAAGAAGGAUAGAGGCAAUAAUGACCUUGAGUAUAUAGAAGGAGACGGCCGUGUACGUGUUGGUAAAGAUGGAUUUCUCUACUUCGCAUACGCAAUUGCAGGAGCUUACACAGAUGCGGGGAAUUAUUACUGCGAGAUUCGUAAUUCCUACAUGAAUCCGAGCGGAGCUGCUAGCAAGUACCUAAGUCCUCAAAUUCCAUUACAGGUUGAAGCAUUCAGAGAUCAAAACUCUGCCCCUCAGGUAAUGCAGCCAGUUGGCACCCAUAAUGUUUUAAAAGGGGACACCGUGACCCUUCAAUGUUUCUUCAGUGGCAGGCCUGCUCCUACAUUAUCAUGGACACGAACAAAUGGACUAAGUCUUCCUGAGGGUUCCUACCUGAAUGAACGUAGCCAAGAGCUUGUCAUACCAGAUAUACAGAUAGAAGAUUCUGGAACGUACCGCUGUUCAGCUUCGAAUACCGUACAGAGCGGUCUCAGUAAUGAAGGCCGUGUUGUUGUUAAAUCUCGGCCUGAGUGGGUAAAUGAGAUCGAGGACCAGAAUGGCGAUAUCAAUGGCGAGGUAACCUGGAAUUGUGUAGCGGAAUCCACCGAAACCAUCACAUACACAUGGUAUCGUAAUGGCGUCAAGGUCAUAGGAUCCGCUAAGUAUGUGAUAGGUAAUGGUCUGAAGACCCUCACGGUGAAGGACCUCCAGGAGGAUGAUGAUGCCAUGUUCCAGUGCAAAGCUGAGAAUGAGUUUGGACUAAUAUUGUCAACAGCUCAGUUGAAUGUCAGGGCAUUCCCGCCAGUUUUCUACAUCCCUGUAAAUAUUGCCCAGCCAGCUGCUCUCGGACAGAAUGCCACUUUGAGCUGUCGCCCCGAAUCGGCACCAAGGGCAACGAUUGUUUGGCAGCGGGAAGGCGCCAAUAACCAGUGGGAGGAUAUUAGCACGAGCAACAAAUUUUUUGUCGAUGACAAUUCAGGGGAUCUGAUCAUUAUGAAUAUACAUCGAGGUGAUGGAGGGAAGUACCGCUGUGUGGCUACUAACGAUAUGGGUACUAACACUAGUACAGGCUCCAUUGUAGUCAAAGAGGGGGUGACUUUCUUUAUGAGUCCUGUGGACCACACGAUUCGUGCUGGAAGGGACAACAUAGUCAAGUGUGAAGCAAGGGCUGACGAUACGUUAGAAUUGGCAUAUACAUGGCUUUUUAACGGUUACAAAUUGCAACUUGAUGGCGAAGAGGAUCACGAUGAUCUGGAUCUUAAGCAUUACGAGAUGGACAUGGAGAUGAUUGACACCCAUGGUAACCUAGUGAUCAAAGACACAACAAUGUACCAGGAGGGGGAGUACACCUGCAUCGCAACGUCAACCAUCAACCAGGUGUCCUCAUCUGCUACCAUUCUUGUCCAAGGACCCCCUGGAGCACCCUUUGGCGUGCGUAUAGAAGGUGGCAGUACAACGUCAACAAGCGCAACUUUGUUCUGGUCACGUGGGAGAGAUGGUAGGAGUUCAAUUACAUCAUACCGAGUUGAAGGAAUGACCAAUCACAUUCCAGAAUGGAUGGAGAUUCGAAGGGAUAUACCACCUACUAAUGAUGUAGACACAGACUCUGUGACCUUGAAUAACCUUUCACCCUGGAGUGUGUAUAUGUUCCGUGUGAUUGCUGUUAAUAGGUUUGGCCCUGGCCAACCAAGUGACCCUUCCCCUGAGCUGGUAACUACUCCAGGAGCGCCCUCGGUGGCACCUCGUAAUCUUGGUGGAGGUGGCGGACGAGAAGGCCAGCUUCGUAUCACAUGGGAGCCUCUUGGAAUGCAGGACUGGAAUGCCCCCAGCAUAAGGUACAAGGUGUUCUGGGAAAGAGUUGGUUCCGAAGGUUUACAAGAGUCCGCGUUGAUAUAUAACGGCACAUUGGGUAUAUAUGAGGUAGAAAAUGUUGAAACGUACGUCGAGUACACCGUGCAAAUACAAGCUGUGAAUGAUUUUGGCGAAGGGCCUAAGAGCAGUGCUGUUAAUAUAUUCUCUUAUCAGGAAGCACCAACUGUGGCACCUACUAACGUACGUCUGAGUGUCCAAUCAGCAAUGAGUAUUAGGGUAUCAUGGAAUGGCAUUAACACACGGUCAGUGCAAGGUCAAUUCAAAGGCUACAAGAUAAGCUACUGGACAGAAGAUAUACCAGAAUCAAGUGCCUAUAUGUACACCACCUCUGGAACAGGAACAGUGGCUGUUAUUGAGAAUCUAGAAGCAUACACACUGUAUGAAUUCAGGGUGUAUGCAUACACAGCCGGGGGUAAAGGCCCAGGGAGCAGUAUUGCAACUGCUAGAACAUAUAAAUCAGCCCCUCUGACAGCCCCUGCAGAUGUUAAAGUGUCUUUUGGUGAAAAAUACAAUCAACUUAAAGUGCAAUGGGACGCGAUAACAACGUCUUCAAAUGAAGAAAAACUUCAGGGAUAUAUGGUUUGCUACUGGCCUUUGGGAACAUUUGAAGAUGAUGCCAAGACAGUACAGGUCAAAGUUCCAACUACCAAAGUUGUACUUGACCAAAUCUACCCAGAUCAUGUGUACUUAAUCAAGGUCAAAGGUUACAGCAAAGGUGGAAUUGGUAUCGGGCAGGACGAACCAAUCAGAAUAGACAACAAUUCUCAAGCUGUUAGACAAUCAUCAAAUCCCGCAAAUAUUAUUCAGCAUUCACUACUACUACUUGUAUGUGGAUUUCAAUUUGUCUCGCUGUUCUUGUAAUGCUGCCAGGAAUAUUUUACAUUCACCUAAGCCUAAGAUGCUAGCCCUAGUCUGCCAACCAAUCAGCAUCCAACAUCCAUUAGCCCUACUUGUGUUUGGGCUUUCAACUUACCUACCUGCUAAUGCUGUCGUGGGCUGGGCUAAAGCUAGGCUGUGUAACAGUACUCACCAUUUACCAGCUGGUGGUCAACUGGAGUUAGUCUACCUAAUAGGUGUUUAUACUGUAUACCAAUAUGAGAAUGCUCUAAUACUUCAAUUUAUCCUCAUCCAAGAUGUUUGGGUAGUAACCAUGAAUUCCUAAAGAAGUCAAUCUGUGUGAAGCUGACAAACAAGCAAAAUUAAAUCCAUCUGUAAUACAUAUUACUUGAGAUUUUGUAUGUUUUAUUAGGACAACAAAAAUAAUUAUGUUUUGAACUAAGUAUCCUUAUAAAAUGUAUGAAUUAUGCAAUUUAAUAGAAUUUUUGAAAGGAAUUUAUAUUAUGUGGUUCCGACCAAAAGUAAUUUGGACUUCUUUGUAUGACCAGUAAAUGAAGGAUGUAAAGACAAUUUUUUGUGACAAAGAUCUAUGAUGUGCUUACAUAUGGGUGCCUACAUACGUCAUCAUGUCCAUAUAUGGGCAAAUUACAGAUGCCGCAGAAAACUUGAUAAUGUGGAUGGAUCUUAAGUGUAUGUGCAUUGGUAGCUGUAUGGAUCAUGGAUCAUACAUACUGCUUUGUGUAACAACAUUUUGGAAGACAUUUUUAAAAACAUUUAGGUGAUGUGACAUGAUCUAAAAGAGGCAAGAGAAAUCUUUUCUUCUUUUUUAAAAUAUUUUUGUAAAGUGGUUUCUGUAGAGCAGCUGUCCAUUUUCAUUGUGUUAAUGGAAUUCAGAUAGUUUUUUGAAAACAAGUUUUAUCUACAAUGUAUUUUUCUAAAGCCGUAUGUCCAAUUACUGUAUACUGUAGGCACCUAUAUAACUCUGUCGUCUAUAUAGCUUUGCAGUCAGCGUACUUUAUAUAUACACCCAAGAGCAAUUUUUGUCUGCUGCAAUAGAUCUUGUUUGUAUUUUUAAAAAUUGAAUAUCGAAUACUUUAGAUACAUUAAAAGUUUAUGCAAAGGAAUGUGUAGUACCUGUUAGAAGGUGUGACAUUUCUAUAAAUUGUCAUCCAUGUAGAAUGGAUUUUUUAAAAUUCUGUAAAUGAUCACAUAAGUAAAGCAUAGCUUGUGUAAGUUGUGGAGGCUUCAGUGAAAUGCUCAUUAAGGGGAUACCUUUGGGACCUGAAAAACUGUUCCCUGAAUAGGGGUUUGCCAUAGUGUUAAAAGAUAUACAUUCCCUCAUGUUUGUCCGAAAACAUGUCCCCUUAAUAGGGGGUUCUACCGUAGUGCUGUUCCAUAUUUUGUAUGUAUGUCAAUCUGACUUGUUACAACAUUAGUAUUAAAAGUGUUACUUUAUUUGGGCCAUACCAGUCUAUUAUAAUACACAGCAGGUAAAGCAAAGGAUACUUCAAAUGUAUAUAACACUAGCUUCCAUGCACUCAAUCCAUCUCAACUGAGGAAGAGUAUUGUGUGCGUUGGUGUUUUGUGUUAAUAUAUAAAUCUUGUAUAUUGCCCUUGUAAAACAAUAUUGCAAGACAUUAUUUAUGAUACUUAUUUAAAAAUAAAAUACAAUAUUAUUUAUUCAAUGUAAGAAAAAUGCUUAUUUGAUCAUUUACAGCAUAUUGUAUCACCUUGUAUUGUAUAAAAUAUUGACAAUAAAAUGUAAGUCAAAUUUUGCUUUUUAUACAUAGAAUCAGUAUUGCUAUUUAAUAGUUUUAUUUAUUUCUAGUUACUUUGUAAGUGAGCUAAAUCUUUUAGAUGUUAAAGUUUAUGUUGGUGACAGGUUUUUAGAAAAAUAUAAGUGUUUUCUUUUGUAGUGAAUUACAGGGAAGGUUGAUGGUUUUGGCUGAUUUUGAAGUCUAUUUAGUCUGUUUAAUGAUUUUGAAUAUUUUCAGGCUUUAAUUAAUUUAAGAAUGACUUUUAUACAUUAUUGAAAGAAAGAUGUACAGUUUAUUAAUAACAUUGGGUCUGUAGAUAUUCUUGUAACACUUUUUAAAAUUAUUGUAAUAUAUUGAAAAAGGCAAUUUUAACAAAGAUGGAUUGUACAAAUAAUUGAGCUUUCUGUUUCAUUAUUUUAAAUGUAAGUAACCAUUAAAGCGACUGAUUUGAAUUUUGA